GGCCGGGCGGGACGACACCCUCUCGGCGCCCGGUCCGACCCGGCAGCUGAACCCCUGGGGCGGCGGGCAGGCCCGGGACGGCGAGGGACGCCCUCCGACGGCGGCCGGCUGCGUUUCCGUCGAAUCUCACUCCGGCUUGCUGUUUGGCUUUGGUCUAAUUUUCCCUUCUGACUUCAGCGCCGUUAUGUUCCCGUCCCCAGCCCGUGGGAAUCGAAAGCUUUUGAAAUGUUAUUUUACCUCCACCCGCUCGGCCUUGGCGCUCUUUAUCCAUUUUCCCCUUGGUGCUUUAACAUUUCGUUACCGCCACACUUAACUUUUUUUCUUUUUUUUUUUGCCGGUACUGGGCAUCGAACUCACGACCUUGCGCUUGCCAGGCAGGCGCUGUGCCGCUGAGCUAAAUCUCCAGCCCCUACCACACUUAACUCUUGAGGCCAGCUUUCCUGGGUGAACGUGACCUUGAGCCUGUUUGCGGGCUAGAGGGAUGCAUCCAGUCUCCUGGACUCUUCCAUCUAAAUGUCACGAGCCCCAGAUGUCUCUGUCGGCCCCUGGCCCCGCCUCCGAACGCCACAUCCGGGACCCAGCAGCCUGCCGCGCCCCUGCUUAGGUGUCCUGGGCGCCCCAGAGGCGAUGCUUCCGGCAAAGCCCCAUGACCCCGCAACCUCGUAGCCCACCCCAGGUUUUUUGAAAUAUAUUCUUUCUUUAAAAAGGGACCAAAACAUGUCAAAAAAUACUACCCUGGAAACUUCAUAAACACCACGGUGGAAAGGAUCCUGUGCUCAGAACAGAGUUUCUCUGCAAACAUCUUAGAGAAGUUGAAGGAGCAGCAGGUUGCUUGCUAUGUCUGUGGCUGAUACAACCAAACCUCAUACGAAUGAGAAUGAGCCCGUGGCCGGGGUGGCCCUGGAGACCGGCGGGAGCAGCCAGGGUGCAGGUGGCCGGCCCCCCAGCAGCAAGCUGUCCAGCGGCAGCGUGGACUACAGCCAGUCCCAGUGCUCCUGCGGGAGCCUGCACUCUAACUUCGACUACUCGGAAGACUUCGUCUCCCUGUGCUCCGACCCAGCCGCCAGCAGGAGUUACGUAGAGCAGCGGGUGGUAAAAGAGAAGAAAACGUACCACGCUUCCAAAAUCGCCCAGCCCAAGGGCCAGAAGGACAUCUCCGCUGAAAAGAAGCACCCCUGGAACACGUCGUGCCUCCGCUCCCAGCUCAGCCUGGUGGCGCACAGGAGGGACGCCAUGGCCCACCGCAUCCUCUCCGCGCGGCUGCACAAGAUCAAAGAGCUGAAAAACGAACUGGCCGACAUCCACCGCAACCUGGAAGCCAUCAUCAUAGAAAACCAGUUUCUGAAACAACUUCAGUUCAGACACCUGAAGGCCAUAGGAAAAUAUGAGAACUCCCAAAGCAAUUUACCCCAGAUUAUGAUUAAGCAUCAGAAUGAAGUGAAGAAUCUAAGGCAGCUCCUUAGGAAAUCCCAGGAAAAGGAAAGAACCGUCUCCAAGAAACUCAGAGAAACCGACAGCGAGUUGCUGAGGACCAAAGACGCCCUGCAGGCGCUGCAGAAGCUCUCCGAGGACAAAAACCUGGCGGAAAGGGAAGAACUGACUCAUAAACUGUCUGCUCUUACGGCAAAAAUGGAGGCAAAUGACAAGAAAAUACAGAGCCUGGAGAGGCAGCUGAGGCUGAACGCCCGGGCCUUCACCCGCCAGCUGGCCACGGAAAACCGGAAGACGCUGGCAGCGCAGACGGCCACGAAGACCCUGCAAGUGGAGGUCAAGCGCCUGCAGCAGAAACUCAAGGAAAAGGAGCGCGAGCUUGAAAUUAAGAACAUCUACACUAAUCGAAUACUUAAAAAUAUACGGGAACUAGAAGAUUACCCAAAAGUUUCUUCAACAAAGUCAGUACAAGCAGACAGAAAAAGCUUGUCGUUUAUAAGUACGAGACACCAAGAAACCCAGAAGUCAGAAGAUGCUCCAUCUCUGACCACAAAGGGUAAAAAGCUAACAAGAAACAUUCGUCCUAAAGAGAAAUCAAGUGAAAUAAACCGUGAAAUUCCUCACUACGUCAGUAAACUACCAAAGCAAGAAGAUUCUAAGAGAAAAUUUGAAGAUUUAUCGAAAGAGGAGGAGUAUCUGGAAGUACACGCGGCUCUGGAGAACGCCGGGAUUCAAACGGAGAAAAAGGAAGACCAAGACAAGAAGCCCCUUCCGCAAGGGCCGCAGCUGCUCCCCGCGGCCGCUCCCGGGGCGGCCCCCGACCGCGCGUGCGGGCAGGACGAGGGGCGCCCGCGCCCGCCCCGGGCCGGGCCUCGGCCAGCAACGCCUUCGGGGACUCCAAGGCCACCGUGGGCAGCUCCGCGCGGUCGCCGUCUCCCCCGGAAGGAAAAAGAGCCGUUUAAACAUAACCGGUCUCUCCGCGCACCUCGGCCGCCAGCCUGCUGCUUCCGCGGGGGUCGCGGGCCGAGGGUGCCGGGCGUGCUCGAGCAGUCCCGUGAGACUUCGGGGAAACCCAGUUUCUAAACCUGCUGGAUUCCAGCCCGCGAUGACACUUUAAAUACAAAUUUGCAUCCUUUUUCUAAAA